ACGAGAACAGUGAACAACAGAGGGUGCUCUGUAGGAGCUGUUGUCGUUCGAAACAGAACGGAUAGGUGGGACCGAAGACAGAGGAAAAUAAGUGAUAGAAGCAGUGGGGAAGUAGCUAGCUAAUUCACGGCACGGCACAGGGACCGCUGAAAAAUUAACUUGAAAUCGUUUUGGGAAGGCAGAACGUUUCCUUUCGUCUUUGUUACUGUCUGCGGAACAAUUGUCACUAGCAACAGACGGUUCUGUUGCAUCCGUUUCGCAGCAGGUGACCCCCACCCCUUCGCCAAAAUCCGGCUAUUAGAUGUGACCACGAGGUUGAUCAGGAGAAGCCAUCAUGUCUUAAACGCAGACGGGCCCUCCGGAGCCCUGUCCCCCCACCCUGGACCCCCCUCCCCCAUCCACCACCUUACCCCUUCUCCCAGCCCCAUCCCACUCCCAGACCUCCCUGCACAUGUGAGGGACAGGCUGCCCAGCCCUGGCUCCCCCCUGGCACACCCCUCCCCUCCCUCCUUAGAGAUGAGCCUGCAGAAGCACCAGCACCAGUUGGGUGGCUCUGACCGGGACCUGCAGUCCACUGCUUCCUCCAUCUCUCUGCCCUCUGUGAAGAAGGCCCCCAAGAAGAGGCGCUUCUCCCUGGCCUCCCUUUUCAGACGGCGGGUUCGCGAGCCCAAAUCCGGGCGUCAAAGGUCCCGAGAGCUCCAACAACCCGGACCUGUAGGGCUCGGAGGGGUGGAUGGCAUCGCCAGUAUCGAGAACAUCCACUCUGAGAUGUGUAAUGACAAGAACUCUGCCUUUUUCUCUGUGGCUGGGGCCGGCGCUGCCUCUGCUGCUGCUGCUGCCGCCUCCACCUCUUCUGCCUCAGGGCCUUCUUCCUCUACCUCCUCCUCUUCCUCCAAGGCAGGGGGCGGGAUGGGGGCGGAGCUACUGGAGUGCCCGCUGUGCCUUCUGCGCCACUCCAGGGAGAGCUUCCCUGACAUCAUGACCUGUCACCACCGCUCCUGUAUGGAUUGCCUGCGCCAGUACCUGCGCAUCGAGAUCUCCGAGUCGCGUGUCAACAUCAGUUGCCCCGAGUGCUCGGAGCGCUUUAACCCUCACGACAUCCGCAUGAUCCUGGGUGACCGGGCCCUCAUGGAGAAGUACGAGGAGUUCAUGCUGAGGAGGUGGCUUGUGGCUGACCCUGACUGCCGCUGGUGUCCUGCACCGGACUGUGGGUAUGCAGUGAUUGCUUUCGGGUGUGCCAGCUGUCCUAAGAUCACGUGUGGCAGGGAGGGCUGUGGUACAGAGUUCUGUUACCACUGUAAGCAGCUGUGGCAUCCCAACCAGACCUGUGAUGCAGCGCGACAGCAGCGAGCCCAGAGCCUCCACCUGAGGACCGUCCGCUCGUCCUCCCUCAGCUACAGCCAGGAGAGCGGAGCUGCAGCUGAUGACAUUAAGCCAUGUCCGCGCUGUGCUGCCUACAUCAUCAAGAUGAACGACGGCAGCUGUAACCACAUGACCUGCGCCGUCUGCGGCUGUGAGUUCUGCUGGCUCUGCAUGAAGGAGAUCUCAGACCUGCACUACUUGAGUCCGUCAGGCUGUACUUUCUGGGGGAAGAAGCCAUGGAGCAGAAAGAAGAAGAUUCUUUGGCAACUGGGAACACUUGUGGGUGCCCCCGUAGGCAUCGCACUCAUCGCCGGCAUAGCUAUUCCCGCCAUGAUUAUUGGCAUCCCUGUAUAUGUGGGAAGGAAGAUCCAUAACCGCUAUGAAGGCAAAGAUAUCUCCAACCACAAGAGGAACCUGGUGAUCGCUGGUGGAGUGACUCUCUCUGUUAUUGUGUCUCCAGUGGUGGCUGCAGUCACUGUCGGCAUUGGCGUUCCCAUCAUGCUGGCUUACGUCUACGGCGUGGUGCCCAUCUCGCUGUGCCGUAGCGGAGGUUGUGGCGUCUCAGCUGUGAAUGGCAAAGGAGUUCGCAUAGAAUUUGACGACGAGAAUGACAUGAAUGUUGGCAGUGGGGCUGCUGCCACUGAUACUACAUCAGUGGCAGACACCAGGAACAACCCCAGUAUAGGCGAAGGCAGUGUUGGGGGGCUGACAGGCAGCCUGAGUGCCAGCGGCAGCCACAUGGACCGUCUGGGUGCCAUCAGGGACAACCUGAGUGAGACAGCGUCCACCAUGGCCCUGGCCGGAGCCAGCAUCACCGGCAGCCUCUCUGGCAGCGCCAUGGUCAAUUACAUAAACAGGCUAGAGGUGCAGGCUGAUGUGCAGAAGGAGCGCUGCAGUCUGAGCGGUGAGUCUGGCACCGUCAGCCUGGGCACAAUCAGCGACAACGCUAGCACCAAAGCAAUGGCUGGAUCCAUUCUUAACGCCUACACGCCGCUGGACAGAGAUGGGACCAGUAUGGAGGUCCAGGUUGACAUUGAAUCCAAACCGGGCAAACUACGGCACCACAGCGGCAGCAGCAGCGUCGACGAUGGCAGCCAUGUUGGCCGCUGCGGCUGGACCUGCCCGUCCAACGGCUGCACUUCCUCAGAGAGCAAAGGAAUGUCCGCCAAGUGGGCCAAAGAGGCGUGCUGCUCCUCCUCCACCGGCUCGGGGGGCAAAAAGAGCAAAGGCAAGCUGCGCAAGAAAGGCGGCGGAGGCACCAAGAUCAACGAGACGCGGGAGGACAUGGACGCCCAGCUGCUGGAGCAGCGCAGCACCAACUCCUCGGAGCUGGACUCUCCAUCGCUGAGCGGCAGCCUGCCGUCCGUGGCCGACUCCCACUCCAGCCACUUCUCAGAGUUCAGCUGCUCGGACCUGGAGAGCAUGAAGACGUCGUGCAGCCACGGCUCCGGUGGCGCCAGCGACUACCACACCCGCUUCGCCACAGUAAGCCCCUUACCCGAGGUGGAGAAUGACCGCCUGGAGACCUGCCCCGCCACUUCGUCCUCGUCACAGGGACACUCCCCCGCCUCCCCCACCUCGUCCCUGGGCCACGGCGCAGAGCUCUCCCCGCUCUGCUUCAUCACAGAGGAGAAUGUCAGCCGGGUGUGCCCUGCCGAGCUGGACUCUCACAGCAACACCAGAGAGCUGCUAAAAGAAGCCAACAACAACCACCACCAACCACAACAGCCAACCCAAACACAGCAGCAACAGCCCAACAACUCCUGUAUACAGACGGAAAUAUGAAAUCUCAAUACCUUAAGUGCUGCACAGAUGCUGAUUUUUAGUUAACAUCUUUUCCUCCACUAAACUACCCGUUACAGCUUACCUGCAUCUUUUAUAUUUUGUUAUUCCCUUGUAAAAGGGCCGUGUUAUUUUUGGACUUCUGUCCUUGAUGAAAAAAAAAAAAAAGAAGGAAACUGAGUAAAGAUCUGUGUGCCCCGCUGACUGUCAGAAAGCUUUUUGGAAGUACUAAUAGGUUUCCAAAGUGCAGCCAUGUGAGAAAUGUUGUGAAUGCUGGUGUCCCUGUGCGACCCGCAGACUGCUGACACGGUAUUAUUUUUUUGGGACAGUUCCCUUGCUCGCCACUUGUAACAGAGAGCCCACUGAUUUGGUCGCUGUCCUAUUGAUCUGUGUAGGUAAAAAUGAAACCACUGUGCCAGUUUUGCUUGUAUUUGAUUUUAGCUCUACAAUGUGGAUGCAACACCAUGCAGGAAUCUUACUGUCACAGCUUUAGGGACCAGGCAAUUUGAGUCACCAUUUCCUCUUUUUUUUUCUCACCAAAUGUAUUAGUAACAGAGGAACCUUUGUGUUCUUUCUGUAUUUAUUAUUAGAUUUUUGUUGUUGUUGUCUUUUCCAGUUUGAAAUUAACCCUCAAAUAAAGUAUAAUUAUAAGGCCUGGGCUCAACAUCCUACAUCAUUUUAGCACUAAAAUCAACGUUGUAACACAACUAAGAUUGUCUUCAGAUGGACGGACACAUAGCCGUAGUCCCACUGUCAGGAGAUGAUAUUUGACCGCUCUUUUGCAGCUUGGUAACCACGGAGUUUAGUGUGUGUUUUUAGUGCUAAGAUGUCUUUGGAAAGCCAGGCAGUGUAAGGUUCUGUGGAAAGCCUGAUAUGUUGGGGGUGGGUGGGUGAGGGUUUGAUUUGAGAAAGGUCUCUGGAAGGCCACGGUUUAUUAAGAUAAUGCUGAAAGUCAUUAUAAUAACCUUAACCAAUGGGUUGGUCAAUUCUGUGAAAUUGUAUAAAGGAAAUGUUUUGUCCUGUUCAAAGGUGAUUUAUUCAGGCUGAUGGUCUCGCCUCACUGAGAAGAGAGAGCUUUGAUAUCUUUCUUUGUUAACUCAUGGUGCCUUCAAGAAGCUGUUUGUGUUCUCGUUUCUCUCUCUCUCUCUCUCUCUCUCUCUCUCUCUCUCUCUCUCUCUCUCUCUCUCUGCUGUGUCUUCAAGACUCUAAACAACGACUCAUUAUAGGUUGCAGAAUGUCUGUCUGUGUAGGAGGGAUGCUCAUUCACACACAGGACAUACUGUGGUAGAAAUGGUAAAUGAAGACUUUUCAAUUGCCUACCAAAGACAGCACUCAGGCUCUUGUUAAAUCUUAUACCUUUUGACUUGUCACCUGUAGACACAGUAUAGUGAAUCCUUUUUACACCGUAGGGAUGAAUGAAGACAAGACCCAGGAUUAUACAGACUUACAGACUGCUGUUUUGUACAUGCUUCACAAAUGCUACGCAAAUAACUGGGGCCGCAGAAUGGCCCGAGGCACCUGCACUGUUAUCUGUAUUUCUUAAUACAUUGAUGUUCUGCAUAGCUCAAAAGUUAGUAGGGAUACACAGGUUGGUUCUGGGUUACCUUGCCUAUUGAUUUAUCCUGUGAUCCCGGUUCGUGUUGCCAAUCGGUGCUGCUGAGCAGACUUAAAGUUAACUUCUGUUUUUCAACACUUUAUUUCAGAGUGUUUGCUUAAGCCUGUCUUUACCGCUCAGUGGCCGGCGUUGAGGCCACUGAGUCGGCUCAGGUGAACCUCUACCAGGUAGAUAAAAAGCAUCUUGAAUGGUAUUUUGACCCAGGUCUGUUACUGAAUGAACACUGAGUUUGGUUUGGUGGAUAAGAUUACAUGCUGCAGUCCUCCUCGCAUUAAAGCAAAAAUGUUCUGUUCUUCCUCCCCGGUUCGGUUGCUCAUUCUUCACCAAAACUCCAGUUUCUUGAUCCUAAUUUGAACACUAGUGCCAGAUAUAAUUUGUAAUUUGUGCAGAACGGUAUAAGGUAUUUGUAUAUUUGUUUGGUAAUUUGCUUUACUAUAUGCGUGUAAAUGCAUAUCAGAAAAAUAAAAAAAAUAUAAAUGAAA